AUGCCUAAUGUUAAGGUUUUUUCCGGAUCAUCUCAUCGAGACUUGACGGAACGAAUCUGUGAACGCCUGCAGCUUGAUGUCGCGAAAGCGUCGCUUAAGAAAUUCAGCAAUAAAGAAACAAAUGUGGAGAUUGGCGAAAGUGUACGUGGUGAAGAUGUGUAUAUAAUUCAGAGUGCUUGUGGCGAGAUCAAUGAUCAUCUGAUGGAAUUGCUAAUCAUGAUAAAUGCC